CUCCGUUUAAACUCGGUAGGAGGCGCGUGCAGUCUGUCUCGAGUAGAGCGCGGAUGAAACGGAGCUAACCCGUGCACUCGAUUAUCUCUCCACACUUAAUUUUUUUUUUAUUUCCUUACUCGUCUGAGUGAUUUAGCAUGGCAAUAAUACUAAACUGGAGCGAGAGCAAAAUGUUUCACACCAGAAGGAGGAGGAUCAAUAAAGAGGCAUAGGAAAAUGCGCAUCUAACCCAAAUCUCAGGAUGCAUUUCCGUGGUCUCCAGUCCCUUACUGCCUCCUGUUUAUCGAUCCUUGUCAUCACUGGUAUCAGCAAUGGUUUUGAAUGCAGCCCGGGUUGCGAUCCAAACAAUGGGUUCUGUGAAAAGCCUGGAGAAUGUAGAUGUAGACCAGGUUGGCAGGGUGCCACGUGCAACCAGUGCGUACCCUUCCCCGGCUGCCUCCACGGGUCGUGUGAUAAAGCCUGGCAGUGCAUCUGCGAGGAGGGCUGGGUGGGAAGUCAGUGUGACGUAGAUAUCCACCCCUGCUCAUCCAAGCCUUGCUCCAAUAAUUCAACAUGCACUGAGACCGGUGAGGGGCGUUACUUUUGCGUUUGCGCACGCGGUUAUACUGGGGACAAUUGCCACCUGAGGACAGGACCAUGUAUGGCCAACGGUUCCCCAUGCCAGAACGAGGGCACCUGCACGGAUGACAACGGGCUGGCGGCCCACUCCUCCUGCCUCUGCCCCCCCGGGUUCGCCGGCGACUUCUGCGAGAUUGACGUGGACGACUGCGAGCCCAGCCCCUGCGCCAACGGCGGCAGCUGCGUUGACCACGGUGCCACCUACACCUGCCUGUGCCCGCCGGGGUUCACCGGCUCCACCUGCAACGACACGCUGCCGCCCUGUGCCGGCAACCCCUGCGCCAACGGGGGCACCUGCCUGAGCCAGGGCGACGGCACGGUCCACUGCCUCUGCCCGCCGCGCUUCGCGGGGCCCGCUUGCACCCAGCACAGAGCCAAGCCCGCCCGGCUGGCGGGCCGGGAGGAUAACCACGGCCCACAGCACUACAGCCUGCCCUCCCACAUGUUUCACAAGUUGGUGCACCCCCCCGACCGCAAGCUGCUGAAGAUCACCAUGAAGGAGACGGUGCGGGCGCCCAAUCCCCUCGUCACCCGCAGCCAGGUGAUCUGCUUCGCUGUCUUGGGCUUGCUAACCUGCCUGGUGGUCCUGGGCACCACGGGCAUCAUCUUCUUCAACCGCUGCGAGACCUGGAUGGCCAACGCCAAGUACACCCAGCUGGUGCGUCAGCAGCGGGACUACCUGCUGAGCGCCAGCAACGGCGAGGAGCACUCUGUCAACAUCAUCUUACCCGAAAAAAUCAAGCUGACCAAUUAUGGAAACCACUACACGUCAAUCUAAACUGCAAUGUCUGCUGCUUCGUGGCCAAUUGGCCAUGUUGUAAGGGGAACACAAAGGCCCACAGUUUGGAAAUAAUGAUACGCGGUGAUCUACAACGGUUUAAGUCCUAUUGUGGUUUAACUAUAGCCUCGUUAAUGCUUUGUGAUAAUGUAAUUAAAUCGUGUAGGAAUCUAUGCUGUACGCACAAAGACUGAACCCAAUAUUCCACAGGUUAUUGAACAAAAGCAAGGAUUUGUCCGAUUUUUAAAUUUAUUUAUUUAUUUAUUUUUCUAUGUUAGAUUUGAUCCUAUUGGUAGGUUGAGGUCACAUCAAAACAUAAUGAAUUUGAUUGCUGGUCUGGGUUAUAGGUCUGAGAAUCCAAUUACACAAGCAUCACUGAACUCGUCUCAAAGCAUACAGCAUAUUUCCUACUUUUUACGCUUUGUGAACUUUUGAAAGGGGACAGAUUGUUCAUUGUUUCCUUCGUAAUGCUUUAUUUUCCUCACUGAAUACACCAUAUUGUGCAGUACCAUCAAAACUGUACAAUAUGAAUGUAUUGAAAUUUUAAUGGAAUAUUUAUCCUUGGUGCAACAAGAAUCAGAUAUACUCUGAAAUAAUCUUAUCCCGUAUUCAGUAGACAGUCAUCUCCUGGUAUCCACAUGCAGGACUCAAAUGCAAUAUAAUCCUCAAAGGAAUCCUUGGCCAGCAGUGUCUUUAUAUUGGAGGCAUGCGCAGUGGCUAAACCCCAGGACUGUAUUCUACGUAUAACUGAAGGAAGAACAGCAAGAAUUAUAAGAUACGGUACAGUAGGUGACUACAGACACCAAUGUCUCUUUAUCCCACAGGCUUUGAAAAAUCAUUGCACAUUGUCUAAUGUCUAUUUUUUCAGCCUCAAGAGCCAGUAGUAUAAUUUUGCUAAGAAAGUAAAUAGUAUGGUUUUGCUUUCAUGUGAUGACAAUUAUUGAUUUCCACUUAUUGUCUGAUCUUACAACCAUUUCAUGCACUUUCUGAGUGUACCUGAGUGUUUUCAUGAACUACUGUAUUGAAUUUUUUUCUGUGAAAGAAAUCAGUUGUUGCUAAUUUGUAUUAAGUGUAAUUACAUUCAUAGUAGUAAAAUUCAGUAUACAUUUAAGUGCAAAGUUUAAACAAAUUUAUUUACACAUACAAAUAGUGAACAAGAACUAUUUCCUUUGUGCUUUGAGUAGCCUGUGAAAUAUGAACCUUAGAGAUUAUAAAGAAUUACAAAGAGACGGAUACACAUAUUGUGCUGUACAUAUAUAUUGAAUAUUGAAGAUUUUUAAAAACUUACUCUACUGAUUUUAUUGCCGAAUGUAUGUCAUGUGUGUGUUAAUAUAAUGGAAUUAUGUAUGACUGAUUAAAACUCUUCAUGGUCACUGUAUUAAA